UGACUUCGGCUGUUCAAGAUCAAGAAGAAAAGGCACGCACUGGCCUUCUUUCUCGAAUUGCCGAGCUCGUGUAACGUGAUUCGUGCGAUAGGAUAUGUCGACUUUCCCCACGACCCCCGUCAGAUGCUAAGGAAAUUCGUCGUUAGCAGUGUCGCCGUCGAUGCACUCAAUUAUGCCAAAUCUGGCCACACUGCACAUGACAGUCUGUCAAAAGGAAUAUUCGAUAUUGUUGAUAUCAAAGAUUCAUCAAACUUUUACAGAUCUGAGAGUCAUUACCUAACGUAUAUUGCUAGGAUUACUGAGAAUGACGACGGAACUAAAGAAUUUUCUUCAUGGACUUCUACGUAGCGUGGAAGGACUUCAUAGCAUAUUGAUAACAGAUAGGGAUGGUGUACCUGUUAUAUUUGUAGCUGAUGAGAAGGCUCCCGAAUUGGCUAUGAAAGCAAGUUUUUUAUCUACAUUUGGAAUGGCAACAGAUCAGGGAAGUAAAUUGGGAUUAGCAAAAAAUAAGACCAUUAUAUGCAUGUAUAGUAGUUAUCAGGUAGUACAAAUGAACAAGUUACCAUUAGUUAUUAGUUUUAUUGCUAGUCAUGACUGUAAUACAGGUCAUAUUUUAUCUUUGGAAAAUAAGAUCGAUCCAAUUCUAAGCAAUUUAAAAAAUGCAGUCGUGGAAGCUUGAUGGUUACCCGUUGUGC